AUGCCUAUGAAGAAACUUCUCGUCGCUGCUCUGGGCUCUGUAGCUCUAGCUGCUCCCUUUGAUGGCAUAGUUGAAGAACGUGCAGCUGUAGCUGGUAGCCCGACAACUCAAGCCCCCGCCACCACCACUCUAGUUGCUAGAGGCACAGCCGCAUGGUCUGGAAACCCGUUUUCAGGUGUUAACAUGUGGGCAAAUUCGUACUAUGCUUCUGAGGUCUCCGCGUCUGCCGUUCCCACUCUGGGUGCCGGCGCAGCAGCAGUUGCCAAAGUUCCUAGUUAUAUGUGGUUAGAUACUCGGGAUAAAGUUGACUUGAUGGGCACGACCUUAAAGGAAAUCCAAGCGGCCAAUGCGGCUGGUGCAAAUCCCCCUAAUGCCGGAAUAUUCGUCGUUUACGAUCUGCCAGACCGUGACUGUGCGGCAGCUGCGUCAAACGGGGAGUAUUCAAUUGCUAAUGGCGGUGUUGAAAAGUACAAGGCAUAUAUCGAUGCCGUCGUCAAACAAGCGAAGGCUUACUCCGAUGUUCGACUGUUACUAGUUAUUGAGCCCGAUUCAUUAGCAAACAUGAUUACAAACUUGAAUGUAGCGAAAUGCUCGAAUGCUCAGAGUGCUUACAUGGAGUGCACCCAAUACGCAAUUAAGAAUCUCAACCUGCCCAACGUUGCUAUGUAUCUCGAUGCUGGACACGCAGGGUGGCUUGGUUGGCCUGCGAACCUGGCUCCAGCAGCUAAGUUGUACGCUCAACUUUACAACGACACAGGCUCGCCAGCGGCUCUUCGCGGUCUCGCUACCAACGUCGCCAACUACAACGCAUGGGAAAUCAGCACAUGUCCGUCGUACACCCAGGGCAACAGUAACUGCGAUGAGUCAAAAUACGUCAACGCUAUGGCUCCUCUAUUAUCUGCCGCAGGCUGGGAUGCGCACUUCAUCACGGACACAAGCCGUAACGGAAAGCAACCCACGUCCCAACAACAAUGGGGCGACUGGUGCAAUGUGAUCAAUACGGGUUUCGGCACACGUCCCUCGGCUAAUACAGGUAGCGAUUUACUGGAUGCAUUCGUCUGGAUAAAGCCCGGAGGGGAAUGCGACGGGACAAGCAAUACCAGCGCCACCCGGUACGACUAUCACUGCGGGUUGUCGGAUGCACUACAGCCCGCUCCUGAGGCCGGCUCAUGGUUUGAGGCGUACUUCGAGCAGCUGUACAAGAAUGCCAACCCCCCUUUCCCGUGA